GGAGUGACCGCGCGAGCCGCCAGCCCAGCCCAGCCCCCGCUCCCCUCGCGCCGCGCCGCGUCUCCUGCUCUGGUCACCCGCGCUGAUUAAUUAAUCAUGAUGGGGCUGCUGCUGUUCCUGCAUUUAUCUGGGGCGGACGGGGCCACCGGCUCCAGCCGCAGCACUGUGGGGUGAAGCGAGCGCUCGCCUGCCCCCCGCUCCCUCCAGCAUCUGCUCCAGCUCCCAGCCCGGCAGACCCUGACGCCGAGGAAGCGCCGCUCUCUAUGGCUCCGGAGGAGAUGACACCAUUCCCAGUGCAGCCACUUCAGAACAAAUCUUGGGAUAGGACAACAUGAUGUUUGAUUGGAGGAGAAGAACAAAGAAAAUGGGGAUGCUUCAGAAAGUUGUUUGCUCACCCCCAGUUCUGUCAACCAGCUCCUCAAGUGGGGAAUCGCCUAUUAUUGAACUAAUUUUUUGAACUAAUUAUUCUCCACAUGGCCUUCCUCCUGGUGUCAGCUUAUCUUUUGCUGACUCACACUCAGGGUGCUCCUGUUGAGAAUGAGGCACUGCUGGAGACGCUGAAGUCGCAAGUAGGAUUUUUCAGUAAUAAAAGUGAACACUAUUCUGCACAGGUGAGACCUCCUGGCACAAACCGACGAAUACCUCAGACGAUCAUUAUAGGAGUUCGCAAAGGAGGGACCAGGGCCUUAUUGGAAAUGUUGGAUAUUCAUCCUAAUAUUGUGGUAGCAACUACAGAAGUCCACUUCUUUGACUGGGAUGAAAAUUAUGUUAAAGGAAUAGACUGGUAUAGGCGUCUGAUGCCAUUUUCUUAUGAAAAUCAAAUUACUAUUGAGAAAACACCAGGCUAUUUUACCUCACCACAGGCUCCAGAAAGAAUUCAUGACAUGAAUAGCUCUAUUAAACUGCUGCUUAUUCUAAGAGACCCCACUGAGAGAGUAAUAUCUGAUUAUACCCAAGUAUAUUACAACAGACUAGAAAGUCACAAGCGUGUUCAGCCCUUUGAAGAAAUUGUUAUUAAAAAUGGAGCACUUAAUACCAAAUACAAAGCUAUUCAGAGAAGUCUCUAUGAUAUCCAUAUGGAAAAGUGGCUUAAGCAUUUCAACUUAGAUCAGAUUCACAUAGUGGAUGGCAAUACUUUAAUCAAAGACCCUCUUCCUGAGUUACAAAAAGUGGAAACAUUUCUUAAUCUUCCUUCCAGAAUUAUGUCUUCAAAUUUUUAUUUUAACCAAACCAAGGGGUUCUAUUGCAUUAGAAGUGAUGGAAGAGAGAGAUGUUUACAUGAAUCCAAAGGGCGUCCCCACCCUGUUGUCAACAACACUGUUUUAGAGCAACUUUACUCCUACUUCAGAGAGCACAAUGCAAAAUUUUACAGAAUGGUUAAUCAUUCGUUUGACUGGCAUUAAUACAUUUGGAAUAAAUGUUUCUUAAAAUGUCCUGAAAUAAACUAUUUUCAAAGUUACCUUUUAAACUCUCUGAGGUAGCUCAGACUGAAAACUUCAGAAGUUGUUAUAUUGAAAACAAAGCUUUCAUUGGGGAUAGUUAUCCAUUAGCAGCACCCUUUAAACAUGGGAGAAAUAAGUUUGAUAUAUUUGUGUAUAACUACUGUGGGCCAGAAUUUGAUUUCAGUUUCACUGCUGCAAAUCCAUUAAUUUCAGUGGAGUAACUUCAGAUUUACACCUGUAUGACUGAGAUCAGAGUUGAGUCUCUUUGGAAAAAUGAGACUGCUUUAAGCAGUGUACAAAAUGUAGAUAGUUGAAAUGGUAUCAUUCUAACUGUUCUGUAAUUUUUGUUCGUAGUAUUUUUUAUGUCAUGCGCCAUGAUAAUGACAUUGAUUUCUAGAACUUUCAUACAGUAGAAUAAUGACAUAUGUUAAUACAGGGGACUCCAAAAGUGCUUCCUUUAAACAAUUUAAAAUCUGUGAAAGUAGCUAUUAUUGUAAAGUACUUCCUACUUAAAUAACUAACAUAUGAUAAAGGGGCUCCAGUCCAACUCUGGUUUUGAAUACCUACCAGCUUGCUCUGUAUUGAGGCUCCUUCUAUAUAGAAUGUUAGUAUUAAACAACACACUUAUUACUUGGUGCAAAAUCUUCAAACUGGUGGAGAAAAUUAACUAUUUGGAGAAACUUAAAAUUUUGGGGUUCAGGAUGCAAUCCGACAAGGAUCCAAAACACCCUUGGUUUACAUAGCAACAUUGAUCUGCUUAAUAAAAAGUAAAUCUGUAAACAAAGUCAUUAGCUGUCAGCAAUUGUACAAAUGUUUAUUUAAUUACAUAAAUUGUCACUUUCCUCUUGAAUGGAAAACAAUUUUUCAUCAAUACUACCUUAUUGUUUGUAUUUCUGUGACUAAUUGUUCUAUUGCUCUUUUAGAUUUAGUUUACGUAUCUAAGUUGACACAUUGUUUACUGAAAAAAUAUUAAUUGCCUGCUCUCCAAAGCAUGGAAUAACUUUUCUUUGUAAUUUCUAUUUGCAAAUCAUGAGAUGUACUCAGAGUUUAAAGAAAUUUCAUGUAACAUGUAUAUAAUAUUGUAUAUCAGUCACAAGUUAUCAGAUUCAAGAUAUCAAGUAUGAUUUACUCAGAUUUUCUAUAAAAUCAU